GAACACUUGUUGUGCUAUUCGACUGUUGCUAUAACAACAAAAGUGAAGAAAAAACAAUAAAAACUCGACAUUUACAAAUUUUGUUUAUAAACAAUUGCACUGUGUCAAGCAAACUAAAAAAUUUUUCAAUUCAAACGCAUAAAAGUCAAAGCCACAGACAGUAAGACAGAAUUAUUUUGCUGCGAAAAUUUCAAAUUCCAAAAAUAUGUGCGGAGAUUCAAAAGCUUAAAUUGUAGUAAAAAAUUCAUAAAUAAUUUGAACACAUCAAUGAGUCACAACAACGUUUUGCAGCGCAAACCAGCCAGCGACAAACAACGACAGUACGAUAGCGGAGCGUGUGUGGUGAAAUUCGCCUAACGAAGCCAAAAAAUCAUUUUGAGUGAGAAAUAGUGAAUUAAAAAAUUGUAUGUGUCAGUGGUUUGUGUUAUUGUAAAAAUACUUAUAUACAACGGAAGUGAAAGAAAAACUACAUUGAAGCAACGCUGUGGCAAAUAUUUUUGUAGAAACUCCAAGCAAACGAAAAUGGCCGCUUUCAAAUUCGACAUACGCCAGCUCUUUCCACAACCUAUUGUCAAGGUCAACUGCAGCCUGUUGCCGCACACAUUUCACGGCAAUCGACGGCAGGCGCUCGAGGCUACGGCUAAAAUGUCAGCCAUUAUCGAUCAUUUGGGUCAGCUGUCGGCCAUUGCGCAGAAACUCAACACACCCGUUACAACGGCGCAGAAAUUGCGGAAGUCAGACAAUCAAAUCGUCUACUUGAUGGCCGAUGUAGGUGCGCUUAAUAGUGGGCGUGGCGAUGAAGUUGUUGGCUUGCUCAAAAUCGGCACGAAGGAUCUGUAUCUAUUCGAUGAGUUUGGUCAAUCACGUAAGGUGGAUAAUGCACCGUGUAUUUUGGACUUCUAUAUACACGAUAAGCGUCAACGCAGCGGUUUGGGUAAAAAACUUUUCCAAACUAUGCUGAGCGAGGAGAAGUGGGAGCCUGUCAAAUGUUCAGUGGAUCGUCCGUCGGAGAAACUUUUGGGUUUCUUAAAGAAACACUACGGUCUGGAGCGUGUCAUACCGCAAGCUAAUCAUUUUGUGCUCUACGAUGGUUUCUUCGAACAUGAAAAAGUGAAUGAGCAGCCGAAUGAAAUAACGCGUUCGCGUAGAAUGCUUAUGGCCAAUAGAUAUCUAUAGAGAGAUUGGGUAUGUCACUUCAACAUAAUCUCACAAACAAAUUAACUUAUCGACAAUUUAGACAAAAUAUAUUUGUAGUAUUUUUGUAUAAUGCUCUUAAGAAAGCACAUAUGAUGUGCCUAGGUUUUUGAUAUGAACUGAAAAAUAUAUAUUUUGUUAUUCGAGAUUUUUGAUGAUAUUACUAUCACAUAUUGUCUGAUAAAUAAUAAUAAAAAAGACUACUGAUAAAGAGCACUCUGUAAUUUGUAAUUUGAACCCAUUAUAUGUGUGUAUAUUUGUAUUCUAAUAUUAAUAAAAAUUAAUGUCAAGAAGUAUAAAUUGGUAUGAAAUUAAAAUCUAGAGUUGAAGCCAUAUUCACUGAAUACACUUCUAUUUCUAAAAACCGAAACGUUUACCGUUAUUUUUAUUUGAAAAGCGUUGAGCUUCUUAGAUAAUUAUUGAAAUCAGCUGCAAAAUCUGGCAACCACAAUUUUAUGUUUUCCUCCAGUGUGAUAAACCGAAAUUAAUCUCAGAUAAACUUUGAAACGAAUUUGAGAAAAUCAGUAAGGUAGUGUCACCACAUUUGAAUUAUGGCUAUUGUGAAUUGGAAAA